UGCGCUGUUAUUUUAACAAAAUUUUUUCCUCUAUUUUGUAAUUUGCCAUUUUUCACACUACAGCACGCCGCAGAAAUAGAGAAGAAGCAGAAUGAGUUGGAGAACAAGAAACUACUUGGGACUGUCGUGCAGUACGGCAGCGUGAUACAACUGCUGCACGUCAAGUCCAACAAGUACCUCACAGUUAAUAAAAGACUACCAGCGUUGCUAGAGAAAAAUGCAAUGCGUGUUCAUUUAGAUGCGAAUGGGAAUGAAGGAUCGUGGUUUUAUGUAAUGCCCUUUUAUAAAUUGCGAUCGACUGGGGACAAUGUGGUGGUUGGGGACAAGGUGAUAAUGAACCCCGUAAAUGCCGGUCAACAAGUCUUACACGUAUCGCAUAAUCAUGAGUUACCUGACAACGCUGGCUCUAUGGAAGUAAACGUAGUGAACUCGUCAACGUCAUGGAAGGUGACACUGUUCCUCGAGCACAAGGAGAAUCAGGAGGAGAUCCUGAAGGGCGGCGACGUGGUGAGGUUGUUCCACGCGGAGCAGGAGAAGUUCCUCACCAUGGACGAGUACAGGAAGCGGCACCACGUGUUCCUGAGGACCACCGGUCGGUCCAGCGCCACAGCCGCCACCAGCAGCAAGGCGCUGUGGGAGAUCGAGGUGGUUCAACACGACCCGUGCCGCGGCGGCGCCGGCCACUGGAACUCGCUGUUUCGUUUCAAGCACCUAGCUACCGGCCACUACCUGGCUGCUGAGUCAUGCGUCAGAGCACAGGAGGCGGCCCCGGUGGCCGGGGAGCCGGCGUACCAGCUGGUGUCGGUGCCGCACUCGUCCGAGAUCGCGACGCUGUUCGAGCUCGACCCCACCACCAUGACGCACUCCGACGCACCGGUUCCACAGAGCAGCUAUGUCAGAUUGCAACACUUAUGCACGCACACAUGGGUACAUUCUACAUCAAUACCCAUAGACAAGGACGAAGAGAAACCUGUCAUGUCUAAGGUGGGCUGUUCAAUAGUGAAGGAAGACAAAGAGGCCUUCGCACUAAUAUCCGUCUCGCCGAGCGAGGUGCGAGACCUAGACUUCGCGAACGAUGCGUGCAAAGUGUUAUCGGUCUUGUCGACUAAGCUGCAUCACGGGAAUAUAGAACAUAAUGAGAGGAAGGCGCUCACAUGCCUCCUCCAGGACAUAGUGUAUUUCAUAGCGGGCUUCGAGAACGAGCCCAACAAGUCGGAGGCACUGGACCUGGUGGUUGAGAACCCCAACCGGGACCGGCAGAAGUUGCUGCGCGAGCAGUACAUACUGCGGCAGUUGUUCAAAAUACUACAGGGUCCAUUCCAAGAGACGUCAGAGGGCGAGCCGUUCUUGAAAAUCGAGGAGCUGUACGACCCUCGAUACGCCCCCUAUAAAUACAUUUUCCGGCUGUGCUACAGAAUACUGCGGCUCAGCCAGCAGGACUAUAGGAAAAAUCAAGAAUACAUAGCGAAGCACUUCGGUUUCAUGCAGAAGCAAAUAGGCUACGACAUUCUGGCAGAGGACACCAUCACAGCUCUCCUGCACAACAACAGGAAGCUGCUCGAGAAACACAUAACCGCGUCUGAGAUAGAAACAUUUGUUGGACUAGUCCGCAAGAAUAUGAAGACGUGGCAGUCCAGGUUUCUAGACUACCUGAGCGAUUUAUGUAUUUCUAACAAGAAGGCCAUUGCGGUCACCCAAGAGUUGAUCUGCAAGAGCGUGCUCUGCGCCAACAAUUCGGACAUACUCAUCGAGACCAGAUUGGUCUCAACGAAAUACGAAAAGGGAAAUACGUUAGAUCCGGAUGGUAAUAAAUAUACAGUAGAAGACGAAGUCAUAUUGCUGUGGAACAAUAAAAAGAAUUCCCGGCUGCUGUCGGAGCUGGCGGCGGAGGCGCGCGCGGACGCUAACUGCGAGUCGGCCGCCAUCCUGGACUACUACCGCCACCAGCUCGACCUGUUCUCCAACAUGUGCCUCAACCGCCAGUACCUAGCGCUCAACAGCCUCUCGCCGCAGCUGCACAUACAUCUUAUACUCAAGUGCAUGUCCCAAGCGGACCUGUCAUACGAAUUACGCGCGUCGUUCUGCCGGCUGAUGCUGCACCUCCACGCUGACCGGGACCCUCAGGAGCCCGUAACGCCAGUCAAGUAUGCGCGCCUCUGGACGGAGGUCGCCGACAACAUCCACAUACAGGAUUACCAAUGCGUGAAAGGUGGUCCGGACGCGAGCCGCGAAAAAGUGAAGGAGCAGUUUGCAUCCACGAUACGUUUCGUGGAGAACUACUUGUGCAACGUGGUGACCCGUACGUGGUAUUUCAGCGACCACGACCAGAACAAGCUCACCUUCGAGGUCGUCAAGUUGGCCAGGGAGCUAAUAUACUUCGGCUUCUAUAGCUUUAGCGAUUUACUCCGUCUAACGAAGACCCUGCUGAGUAUACUGGAUUGUGUCACAGCUAUGGACCUACUCAACGAAACAAACGCCCUUUCCGGGGAGGUUGAAUCUUCUCAAGAAAAGGAAAUGACGAAACCGGAGGGCGGCGUUCUGCGCAGUAUCGGCGAUAUGGGCGCCGUGAUGACCUCCAUAACACUAGGAUCCGUUGCCAGGAAUGUGGGUAGUAACACUAAUACUGCCAGUAGUGGCAUGCAACGCAGCGCGUCGGCACUAGUGCUGGCGCGGGAGCAUCCGCUCGUUAUGGACACCAAGCUUAAAAUCAUAGAAAUUUUACAGUUCAUACUGGACGUUCGAUUGGACUACCGCAUCAGUUGCCUGCUGUCCAUCUUCAAGAAGGAAUUCGAGCAGGCGGGCGACCGAGGUGCCGACAACAUCGCCCGGGCCGACGUCGAGGCGAUCGGUCUCCAAGCGGAGGGCAUAUUCAGCUGCCGAGCGAUACAGACUGUGCCCGACAGCUGUCUCCCAAAAAAUGUAGAUUUAGACGGCCUUGACCUGGACGAGUGCGGCGGUCGGAUGGUGCUGCGGGUGCUGCUGCAGCUGUGCUCGCAGGGCGCGUCCGCGGCGCUCGUGUCCGGGGCGCUGGCUCUGCUGUUCCGACACUUCAGUCAGCGGCAGGAGGUGCUAGCUGCUUUCAAACAGGUACAACUGCUAGUGUCGGAUGCGGACGUGGAGUCAUACAAACAGAUCAAGGCGGAUCUAGACUUACUGCGACAAAGCGUCGAGAAAUCGGAACUUUGGGUCUUCAACAAAGGCAGGGCCGGCCUCCUGGAUGACCACUCCAGUCUAACUGGCACAGUGGGUCCGGGCGGUGCGGUGCUAGAACGCAACGCCUCACUCGACAAUGUUCUAGAGACUUCUAGAACGGCCAGGCACGAUCAUAUGAACGAAUACAGGAAAAUUAAAGAAAUACUUCAACGAAUGAUAAAAUACUGCACGCAAGGCAACAGUGGCGCGGAAGAGUCGACCAGGCCGCGGCGGCACGAGCAGAGACUUCUCAGGAAUAUAGGCGUUCACAAUAUCGUACUGGAUUUGCUGCAGGUGCCUCACGACGAGGACGAUGCGGCGAUGGAUGAGCUGCUGGCGCUCGCGCACGAGUUCCUGCAGCACUUCUGUCACGGCAAUCAGCAGAACCAGGCCAUAUUGCACAAGCAUCUCGACCUCUUCCUCAACGCCGGGAUCCGCGAAGCGCGUACCGUGUGCGCGAUGUUCAGCGACAACGCGGCGCUGUGCGCGCACGAGGGCAACGAGAAGGUGGUCGCGCACUUCGUGCACUGCAUCGAGUCGCGCGGCCGCCGCCCCGCCUACCUGCGCUUCCUGCAGACCAUCGUGCACGCCGACGCGCAGUACAUCCGCCGCAGCCAGGACCUCGUCAUGCAGGAGAUGGUAAACGCCGGUGAAGACGUAUUAAUUUUCUACAACGACAAAGUAUCAUUCAACUACUUUAUUCAAAUGAUGAGACAAUAUAAACAGACCAACGAAAUGCCGGAAGCUUUAACUUACCACAUUCAGCUGGUGAAGUUGCUGACAUGUUGCACGAUGGGCAAGAAUGUGUACACAGAGAUCAAGUGUCACAGUCUACUGCCGCUUGACGACAUCGUCGCCAUGAUCACGCAUCCGGACUGCAUACCAGAGGUGAAAGAAGCGUACGUGGGCUUCCUGAACCACUGCUACAUAGACACGGAGGUGGAGAUGAAGGAGAUCUACUCCAGCAACUACAUGUGGGACCUGUUCGAGCGCUCCUUCCUGCAGGACAUGCAGGCCAUAUUGCAAACAGAUGCCGCUGGGUCUUCCGAAGGUGCAUCAUCAUCAUCAAAAACGCAGCCUCCCGACACCAAGAAAGCAUGGGUGGACUAUGUGACAGACGUCCUUAUGCACACCAUAUGCACGUUCUUCAAUUCACCAUUUAGCGAUCAGAGUACGACUGUACAGACGCGGCAGUCGAUAUUCGUGAAGCUGCUGCAGACCACGUUCAGCAUCUACCAGUGUCCGUGGCUCAGUCCGCCGCAGAAGCUCAACGUCGAGAAGUGCAUACGCACCCUCAGCGAAGUCGGUUAUGGUAAAUCCAUAAGUAUAGCAAUACCUGGAAUGGAGGCCAAGAUACAAACGGUGUUCGAGAAGGCAGCGGCCCUGUCGCGCCAGACCAGCAAGUGGCUGCUGGCGUCCAAAACCUCAAAAUGUAAAAAUGUUGUCCUCCAGUCGAACCUGCAAAACGACAGAUCAGUGAUGGAGGGCCUUCAGGAGAUCGUGUCCCUGCUGGAGGAGCAGCUGCGGCCGCUGCUGCAGGCCGAGCUGUCGCUGCUCGUAGACAUCCUGUACAAGCCGCACCUGCUCUUCACCAGCGCCGGCGAAGUCGCCCAGCCGGACACCAGCGGCAUAUUUAUAUCUAGGCUAAUACGUCAUACAGAGAAGCUUCUAGAAGAGAAAGAGGAGAAGCUGUGCGUCAAAGUGCUGCGUACACUCCGCGAAAUGAUGGCCGUCGACCCCGAGUACGGUGAGAAGGGCAAUCAGCUACGUAACAAAUUGCUCUCUCAAUAUUUCAUCAAUCGCAAGUCGGAGCCGAAGAUCCAACCGCCGCAAGCGUCCGCCGCCGUUACCCACGGACCUGGCGAUACCCAUCUACAUCAGCCGAAGACAGCGAAGGUACUGAUGCGUACCGGCCAGACGCUGGCGCAGGUUCAGGCACACCUGGACAAAGAGGGCGCCUCCGAUCUGGUGGUGGACCUCGUCAUAAAGAGCACCAACCGACCUGCGAUAUUCUUGGAAGCAAUACAACUUGGUAUCGCACUCUUGGAAGGCGGCAAUCCUAUAAUUCAGCAGAGUAUAUUUGCAAAGCUGCAAAACGGAGAGAUAUCACAAGCGUUCCUCAAGGUAUUCUACGAUAAAAUGCGGGAAGCUCAACAAGAGAUAAGAUCUCUAGCUGCGAGCAGCACUGCGGCUGCCGGCACAGACAAGCAGCGAUCCAGUCACUCGGAGAAGCAGAAGCAAACGCCUACCGACGGACGCUCGACACCGGCCCCACUGGUGGUCGGGGAGGAGAUGGACGAGGAGGUGACCACGGCCUGUGGAUCCGCUGUUCAUGCAUACUCAGACAUACACACCAUGUCACACGGUACGACCGUGCUGGAAGAAAUAAUGGCAGAAAAGAAGCGCGAAACUGGCAACUCUGACAUACUGCCCGCUAAGGUGUCAGUGAUGCGGCCCAUACUGCGCUUUCUGCAGUUACUAUGCGAGAACCAUAAUCCGGACUUACAGAACUUACUAAGAAACCAAAACAACAAAUCCAGCUACAAUUUAGUGUCGGAGACGCUCAUGUUCCUCGACUGCAUCUGCGGGUCGACGACGGGCGAGCUGGGCCUCCUCGGCCUCUACAUCAACGAGGGGAAUGUUGCGCUUAUCAACCAGACCCUCGAGACGCUCACGGAGUACUGCCAAGGCCCGUGUCACGAGAACCAAAACUGCAUUGCGACCCACGAGAGCAAUGGUCUCGACAUAAUAACAGCAUUGAUAUUGAACGACAUUAAUCCACUGGGUAAAACACGUAUGGACCUCGUCCUCGAGCUCAAGAACAAUGCGUCGAAGCUGUUGCUCGCGAUCAUGGAGUCGCGGAAUGACUCUGAGAACAACGCUGAGAGGAUACUGUACAAUAUGAAUCCCAAGCAGUUGGUCGAUGUUGCGUGCUCAGCCUUCCAUCAAGAACAGGCCAUGGAUGCGGACUCGGACUCCGAAGACGACGCUCCCGUCCAAGGCGUAUCACCGAAGGAAGUGGGCCACAACAUUUACAUUCUGUGCCACCAGCUGGCGGGGCACAACAAGGAACUGGCUGCGCUGGUUCGUGCUUCGCCUGCCGGACCUAAUGCGACAGCUCUGCAAUAUUACCGUACUCACACGGCACAGAUAGAGAUAGUCAGAACUGAUCGCAGUAUGGAGCAAAUAGUGUUCCCGAUCCCAGAGAUCUGUGAGUACCUGCCUGCCGACAGUAAGCACAGGGUGUUGCAAAGUGCCGAGCGGGAUGACCAGGGCAGCAAGGUUGCCGAUUUCUUUUCUCGAUUAGACAACCUAUUUCACGAGAUGAAGUGGCAGAAAAAACUGCGUGGGCAACCUUUCCUGUUCUGGGUAUCGUCCUACAUGUCGCUGUGGAGUAACAUAUUGUUCAACUUUGCUGUUCUAAUCAACGUUAUUGUCGCAUUCUUUUACCCUUUUCAGGAUGAAAAUCCUAAACUGGGCCAACACCUAUCGUUGGUAGUUUGGUGCGUAUCAGCAGUGGCAGCAGUACUGGUGACGUGGUUGCCGCGUUCGUCAGGCGUUCGCGCACUAAUCGCCAGUGCUAUAGUGCGGCUCAUUUUUUCAGCUGGGCCCGAACCCACACUGUGGUGCCUAGGCAUGCUCACCAUAGUGGUAAAAGGCAUCCAUCUGGUGAGCAUAAUGGGUAACCAAGGCACGUUAUCCAAGUCGACGUGGAACGUACUCACAGACCCCGAAUUACUCUACCAUAGCGUCUACCUCAUAUUCUGCUUCCUCGGUAUAUGCUGUCAUCCAUUCUUCUUUUCGGUUCUGCUCCUCGACAUUGUGUACCGCGAAGAGACUCUAUUGAACGUGAUGCGCUCAGUGACACGCAACGGGCGGUCGAUCCUACUGACGGCCGUACUGGCGCUGGUGCUGGUCUACAUGUUCUCAAUUGUCGGCUACAUGUUCUUCCGUGACCACUUCCUGGUCAGCGUGGACCGACUAGACGAUGACGACGACCCCCGGUUCGAGUGGGACAAGUGCGGCAACGACCCCGCCGCCAAGUACUCUAAGGAGGGCAGCGGCGGGGCCAGCGCGUGCAGCCGGCCGCCGCGCCUCGUGGCCGUGGGCGGCGAGCUGCGCGAGCGCUCGUGCGAUUCGCUCAUCAUGUGCAUCGUAACGACGCUCAAUCAGGGAUUGCGCAACGGCGGAGGCAUCGGCGACAUACUACGCGCGCCCGCUAGCUUCGAGCCGCUAUUCGUCGCACGUGUAGUCUAUGACUUACUAUUCUUCUUCGUGGUGAUCAUUAUCGUAUUGAAUCUCAUCUUCGGUGUGAUCAUUGACACAUUCGCGGAUCUGCGUAGCGAGAAACAGCAGAAAGAACUGAUACUCAAGAAUACUUGUUUUAUAUGUGGUUUGAACAGAUCGGCCUUCGACAACAAGACUGUCUCGUUCGAGGAACACAUAAAGAGCGAACACAAUAUGUGGCAUUACCUUUACUUUAUGGUGCUGGUAAGGGUGAAAGACCCCACGGAGUUCACUGGACCCGAGAGUUACGUACAUUCAAUGAUUAAGAGCAACAACCUGGAGUGGUUCCCGCGGCUGCGCGCGCUGUCGCUGGUGGGCGGCGGCGAGGGCGACGGCGGCGAGCUGGAGCUGCGCGCGCUGCACGCGCAGCUCGAGCGCGCGCACGCCGCCGUGCUCGCGCUCACCGACCUGCUGGCCGACCUGCGCGACCAGAUGACGGAGCAGAGGAAGCAAAAACAACGUAUCGGGUUGUUGAACUCAACCUCAGCGUACCUCCAGAACCUGCAAAUGAACCUUCCACCGUGAACAGCACCCGGACACGUAAGCACACCCUCCAUUGUGACGCCCCAACACGCCCACUGGUGAUGUAUAGACAAGGUAACAAUAACGUAUACGUAACUGUAUUACAACUAAAGGCGUGUCCACAAUGAUUAAAUCUGACUAGGCAUCUAAAUGUAAAAUAUAUCAUGUAUUUUCUUAGCCAAUCAUUGUAAUUUGUUAGUUCACGCCCCUAUAUUUCGUAACGAUUACAUGAUGUUGGAUGUCUACUAUGUUAAAUUUUGUUACUGUGGAUACGCCCUAAUACGUUCCUUUUAAAGUGUCAUAGAUAAUUAAAAAUGUAGUUAGUGAAUCCUAUUUUAACAAUUAGUAUCUUGUCUCUUUUAAAUUAAGAAUUUAAAUUGAAAGAGACAAAACAUAGCAAUAGCUAAAUAAGUAUGUUAACCGGUAUUUAUGUAAUAAAAACCGGUUGGUCAUUAAUUAAAAAAAAAAAUACAUGUUAAAAAUUAUAUAAAUGUUAAUUUAAAUCAAAAUUAUUUUUCUUGUUAUCGUUUGUCUAUCUGUGACAUUGGCGUGUAAAGAUCCAUCCGACAUUUACAUAUCUCAAAAAUCGCACAAUCAAAUUUAUAACUUAUUUACGUUGCCACAGAGUUCAUAAAUGGACUUCGAUUUCCACUGGCACACGGCUAUUGACAUUUGUUUGUUGUCCAAACAAGAACAUUCUAGAAUUCUAGACAUUUUAGAAAGGUAUAUCGUAAUUAAAAAUCAAACUGUAUUGCCAUUUACAGUUUUAUAAUGUACCUACUUCUUAUUUAGCGCUAAUAUACAAUUUUUAAAAAAUAACGAAUUUCAAUCAAUUUAGAUCUACAUGGUGUAUAUUCUCUUUUUUAUACGUAUUAAUAAAAAAAAAACUCUGUUAAUAUCUUUAUCUACAAUAUUAGCAGUUGUAUAUUAAAAUAUACCUUAAUACUUAUACAAUAUGGUACAUAUCUCCAUGAUAUUUGUCGUUAGAUAUCACGUGGUUAGCCAAGGAUUUGAAAUUCAAACAUAGAUCUUUAUAUUAGCGCCCUCUAGGGUUUGACCUUGACAAAUAAAUAUAUAAUGUAGGAUUGUGACUACGAAAUGUAAUAGUAUUAAGAAAAAAUACUAUUGUCCGAUUUACGUUUAACUGUUAUGCAUAGUUGGUCAAUAAACAAAUUGAUAUUUCUAUAUUCGUUUUACAUUAAUAAUGUUGAAACUAUAUAGAAGGAGCGACCCAUUUCCUGGUGUCCGUACUCUGAUUCUUACUUCUAUGGUAACUCUAAUAAUUAACCUCCUAUUUAUAAAAACUAAAACGUCUUACAAACCUAUUUUAACUAUUACAGUGUUUUGUCCCUUUCAUUCAAACUGAGAAUUUAGUACAAAAGAAAGAGACACAAACAGUUUAAUAAUUUUUAAGAAUGAAUGGGGGUUAAAGUUUGUAAAUUUGAACAAAAUGAAAUGUCGCUACUUCGAUUGGGCGACUCUGAACAAAAUGUUUAUUAUAUUUUUAUUUGUAACGGUUAAUUAUUAAGUGAGAAGUUUAUGGGACUCGAUAGUAAAAUCUAUCGAUAGAUAGAUAGAUUGAUAGAUAGAUGAUUUAUUUGCAUUACUUACAGCACACAAUUUACAACAUAGAUACACAAAAAAAAAGCGAGAAAACAUAAAUGAUAAAAAAAAUGAAUAAUUAGCUUUAUAUAUACAAUUGUUCGUUUGUGCGUGUGCCAUAGCAAUAUGGCCACAACUCAGUUUAUUGCUUCGCCCUCAAAAGAGCAAAGCACCAUUAUUGUCCCAUAUAGAAUUCCAUUUAAGAACAAUAUUCCCAGUCUAUUGUCCUCUAUUAAAUAUUCCCUAGAAGUAAAUGGUAGGAAAUAUUUGGAAACCGAUCAAGAAGUUAGCCUGUUUCUUAUCUCGUGUAAAGUUUCUAUCGAAGAUAAAAUGUUAAUGUUACCUCGACUAUAUGACAAUCUUUUUUUUUUCCUAACAAUUAUUAAAAGUAAAAAACAAGUUCAUUUUUUUCUUAAUCAUAUUUAAUUUAUGCUUAGUCAAUUGUAAUCAUUAUUACAUUAUAAUGACUUAUUAACCAAUUAAAUCUAAUUGACAACAACUAUUUGACCUACCUAACAACUAUCUAAUAUAAAAUAAAAACAUCAGCUGAAUGUGGGGGCGUAGUCCAUUUGUUCUGUAGUGUUUGGGUCGUUGGUUUUUUAUUAAAUUUUGUCAUUAUAUAUUUAUCUUUCUUCAUUAAAUAAUAAUCAAAAUAAGGGGAAAUCGAAUGAAUUAUUUUCAUAUAUGUCUCUUGUUUCAUUUCGUACAGGUAAUAAAAGAAUACAAAAAUUAUUUCAUAUACCGAUUUGUAAUAACAAUGUAUCGUAUCACAAUCCAAUUAUCCGCGUGUGCAGAAAAUAUAAUAAUGUAUGCAAGGAGCUUGAUAUUUUCCAACAAUCCUGGAAAUGUUACAUUAAGGCUGCCAAUUUGUUACUUUAAAUUUUUAGCUGUCAUUCUUUUAAUGUAUAUAAUAUCGAAUGUUGUGCAGAGCAGUUGUUGGAGAGCAAAUUUAAUGCUGUUUUAUGUAAUAUUUAUUUUAUAAAUGUAUUAAUUUGUAAUCUGUUGCCUUGCUAAAUAAAUAAAUAAAUAUGAAAUAAAAGUGCAUAGAAAUAACAUUAUCACUUCCAGAGAGACUUCAGGUUACGUAGUGAGUAAACUAACCUUUCACAAUUUAUUAUUCUCUACAAAUCUGUAGUCUAUUUCAUACUGUUAAGGUACAUAUUCAAUUCUCUAAUUCUAUUUUUUUCUUCUGUCGUUUCUAUUAUAUGUUACUUUUUAAAUUAUAUUUUUAAAUGACAACUAACUUCAUAUAAGUAGACAUAUCUACCACACAAUAAUUGUCUAUGAUAAAUUUACUCAACUAAAAGAAGCAAUUGCUGUGUCUUUUAUACAAUUAUAAAAUCAAAUAAUAAAUAAAUAAUAAUAAAAAAAUAAGUAAUAAAAAAGUUACAAAUGGAGCAUGAAAAAAUAUAAAAAUUAUAAAAUUGUACAUAUAUAAUUUUGUUUUGUUAUUAAUAUUAAAACAACAAGAAAAAAUUAAUUAAAUCAUAAAUUUAAAAAAAUUAUAGGGUGGGAUAUAUAUAGUUUUAUGGUAAACAAAGUAUUUAAUUUAAAUUGUUUUUAUAAUAUUGUUUAUUUAAAUGUUUCUGGUGCAGUAAAGAGUUAAAUAAAUAAAUAUUGGUCCCCUAAACUUCUCAACUAAAUACAAUCGUUCAUAGCUCAGUUUCGUUCUCAUGUUUCUAAUUUGACACAAAGUAGGUACGAAUUGUUUUAUUGUAAUUAAAUCUUAAAUAGAUCUGAAUUUUUAUCUAUUGUGAAAUAGUUUAAUUAUGUUGUAAUUUUUAUAACGUUGUUGGGUUUCACGCGGUGACAGUCAGGUAUAAUGCUAGUGUAUAUGCAAAUCUAUUGACACGUUUUGUCUAAAGACGUGUACACAGUGACAAAAUUGAAAAUUACCAAAAUAUGUUUCUUAGCCAAUCAUUAACAGUAAAUCUGUAAGUACGCACCCUUAUAGUGUGGAAUGUUAAAAUACAUCAUUGGUUUUUGUUUUUGUCAUUGUGGAUACAUCUUAAUAGUAUGUUAUUGUUUUGAUAUUUAGUUUCAAUAUUUUAUAUCGCGCGUUUGUUCUAAUACAAUCGCUACUCGUGUAGAAUAUUUAGGUUAAGCUCGUGUAAUUUUUAAACGACGAUUGAAAAGGUUGUUAUAUGAAUGACAAGGAUGGUUGAACUCUAUCUGUAAUUGUUACUUAUAAAAUUUAUUGUCCAAAAAAAACAUAAGCUCUUCGGGUUUAUAAAGGCCAUUUUACACGAUUCAUUUUUUAUACCCAACUGAAUUUAAAAUGCCUCACACACGAAGACUUAAUGUGAAUUCACUAGUGCAUUUUCAUUGGUCGGGUUAUACGAAAUGGAUUAAUUAUGGGUCGUGCGAAGUUGACCUUGUAAUCUUGAUCAGGGACUCUUCCGAAACAUGUGCAUAUAUGUUUAUAUGCAUAUGCGUGCACAUUAACUAUAUCCAUUCAUAUACAGCAAGACGUCUGUGAAUAGAAAAUACCCAUUCAAAGAUCUGAUAUAUUGUAAUAAUAAAAAAUCUCAGUGGGGUGUAUGCAUGUACAAUCAAACCUACACUUUUUUAUUUAACUUCAAAAUAUGAUGGAAUUAUUUAUUAAAAUAUUUAUUAAAUAUAAUACAGCAAUACAAUUUAUUUAUUUGCUUUCAGCAAAAAGAUCGCCUUACUGUACUUAUAUAGCUGUAUCGUUACAUUUAUUGUCUUGCUGAUUCCCUAUAUUGUAUAAUGCAAAUAAACUAUACAAUGUGAUUAAUCAAACAGGAUACUUCAAUAGCUUAUUAAUAAAAAAAAAUAAAAAUCAUGCAUACACCCCUAUUAUCCAAAUAAUAAUCUCACAUACUGUAUGUUAAAUCAUAUAUUUAUGUUAAAAAUCAAUUAAAUUAAUGCAUUUUUUUUUAAAUGGCAAGAAUCCCUUAUUACUAUUGCAUCAUUAGGUAAUUCUGAUGCACUUAAAAAAGGCGAAUUUAUAGUUAAAUUUAUUUUAAAUUAAAAUAUGAUUUUGUACAAAAGUCGAUUGCUUGAGUACCUCUGUCCCAUUCGUGUUUCAACCGUGAAGCAGUUGUGUUCGCAUGGCUGUGUUUCGGUUUGCAGGGUGGGAUAUGGCGUGAAUUUACUGGGUACAGAGGAAUAACACCUGAGUCCUCAGGAAUGGCAACGCAUGGAGGGUAUCAUGGGCGAAACAGUAUACUCUGUUAUGUCCAUGGUACUGCUCAUGUCUAUAGGCGAUGGUUACCACUUUCCAUCAGGUGGGCCGUCAGUUUGUUUGCCAUUCUAAGUUGUAUAUAAAAAAAAGUAUAGUCAAAUGGAAUACUUCAUAGUACAAUAGUGCCAGAAUUACCGUAUCCUAGUGUCAUUCAAUGAAUCAUACAUAUUAUACCAUCCUACCAAUGCAUCAUAUUGACAAUUUUAGGAUCGUAUGCCAAAUAUUAGUAAUUUUUUUUUUAUUUGUUGUUACAUGUUGUUGCACUGUUUGUGUACUUAACGUCUCUCUUCUAUUGUCUCUGGUUUAUUUCCUAUACAAUAUCUUACUUUGUUAAAUGACCAAUUUUAAAUACUUACAUUCCGUUUGGAACUAUAUCGUAUAUUGUGUAAUCAAUUUUUACUUGUUAUAUUUUAGUUGUAUUUUAUAUAACUGUUACAGUUUUGUUAUCUGCUAUUAAUAAACACCGGCUGUGUCUACUUAAUAAUUUCGAAAUUAAUGCUUUUUUUUUUUCAUUUUCAUCGAAUUUCACUUGCCUCUUAUCCAUCAAGACGAUUUUUAGAUAGCAAGUAACUAAAAAUAGAUUAACAGUAAUGUUCCGUAGCUAGUGAUGCGACAAGAGAUGGCGUUAGUGAUGUUUAUAAUUAUUGGUUUUUAUUAUUGAUAUUUACAUACAGAAAUAGAUUUUUUUUAAUGACCGCAUUGUUUUCAUUGAAACAGCGCCAUCUCUUGUCAAUUGUAAGAACCUCCCAAUUUGUAAAAAGAUUAUAAGGACGGUAGGUAUGUAAUUUCUAAAUGAAAGUAGAUAACCAGUUUAUAGCUAUAAAUAUUUCUUCAACGAUAUCGUAAAAACAUAAGGCAUUAUGUUGCGUCGAUGGAAUAGAACAAGUUACUUCCUAUCCAAAUAUUAAUAGACAGUAGCGACAUCUACCUUCUACACUUAUGUAACUUGUGUAAUAUUUCUCUCUUUAGGUACUGACCAAAUUCUAACGUUUGAUAUAUGAUAUAUGUUGUUCUUCUAUUGAAAAUAUAUUUUUUAUUCAACUUUGCAAAGUUUUCUUAUUCUAACAUUUUAAUAGCAAUAUAAUAACAUAUUUAUUGCACGUAUACAUUCCUAGAGUACUUUUAUAUUAUUUAUUGUCCAUUACGGAUCUAUAUUUUUGAAUCUAGACAUUGUAAAAUGCCGAUAUAUUUCCUCUCUUCGUAGUUGAAUUGUAAAGUAGCGGCUAUUACGAAAAUGAUGGUGUUUAUUGUGAUUGACUUGUUCGUUGUGAUGAUUACUAUGCAAUAAUAUGUUUUUGUUUAACUGAAAAAUAUAGAUAUGGCACAAAAUGGUUCA